GGUCUGUAGGAGACUCAGUCAAAGCUCGUUCAGCCGCCGACCUGCAACCAGCGACUCCUUCAGCAGAGGAAAUGAUUCAGUUUCACUCUGAGGAGGGAGAAUCAGGAUUAAAGAAGGUUCUGGAGGAAAAGAUGCAAAGACUGAGCAGGUGACUCCUCAAAGGCCUGUGGAGAAUACUUAUACGACGCGGUGUCUUUUUCAUGAAGCCAGCAAAGGUCGAUGAAUAUCAAAGACCAGAAAACAUCUGACGAAUCUACUGAAAGUGUUCAAAGUUCAGGGUUUAAAUGUGAUCCGACGUUCUAAAUGAAGAAGAAAAAACAUGGCGACACUUGGGAGUUGUCCUCUUCGCCGUUCGUCUUUGACCGAAUGAACGCGACCUUUGACUAAGAACCGCCAACAUGGCCGACAACGGGAGCUCCAGAGUUGAUACUCCGACCAACGUCUCUCUGAGCGCCGGCGUCUCUGAGUCUCUGGAGUAUAAGACGGUGUCGGUGUUCCUGGUUCUGCUGGUUUGCUGCGUGGGCAUUGUGGGGAACAUCAUGGUGGUUCUGGUGGUUCUGACCACGCGCCACAUGAGGACGCCCACCAACUGCUAUCUGGUGAGUCUGGCCAUCGCCGACCUGACGGUUCUGGUGGCGGCCGGGCUGCCUAAUGUCUCCGACAGUCUGACCGGAACCUGGAACUUCGGACACGCCGGAUGUUUGGGGAUCACCUACCUGCAGUACCUGGGAAUCAACGUGUCAUCCUGCUCCAUCACCGCCUUCACCGUGGAGAGGUACAUCGCUAUCUGCCAUCCCAUGAAGGCUCAGACGGUCUGCACGGUGUCAAGGGCCAAGAAGAUCAUCACCGGUGUUUGGAUCUUCACCUGCGUCUACUGCAUGCUGUGGUUCUUCCUGGUCGACAUCCAGGUUGGCGAGGACGGACACCAGCAGUGUGGAUACAGAGUGAAGAGGGAACUCUAUCUGCCCAUCUACCUCAUUGACUUCGCCAUCUUCUACGUGAUCCCGCUGCUGCUCGCCAUCGUCCUGUACGGCCUCAUAGCACGAGUCCUCUACCUCAGCCCGCUGCCCAACCAACCCGACGCCACGACGCUGCGACGAAGCUGCCGUGAGCCCCCCGAAACCUCCAAAGGAGGCCGUCAGGGUCGGCCGAAGAGCGCCAUGUCGUCCAGGAAACAGGUGACUAAGAUGUUGGCUGUGGUCGUGAUCUUGUUUGCUCUGCUCUGGAUGCCCUACCGGACUCUGGUUCUGAUCAACUCCUUCGUGUCCACUCCUUACCUGGACGCCUGGUUCCUGCUCUUCUGUCGGAUCUGCAUCUACGCCAACAGCGCCAUAAACCCGGUGAUUUACAACGCCAUGUCCCAGAAGUUCCGCUCAGCGUUCAGGGGCCUCUAUCGAUGCCAACAAUUGGAGGGGAACCAGAGGACGCUGUCGACCCUCCACCCCGGCUUCGGUACCAUCCGAGACGUCCGCUGCACCCAGAGCAAGAGCAACGGGCCCGAGGAAAAGGCGAAGAGAACCGUCCUGGUACCUGAAAUCGAGGAAAAGCAGAACGGAAGAGGUCAUCAGGAGAUUAACGGAAAGGAAACUGACCAUCUGACAAGUGAAGAGGAGUCAGAUCAGCCUGCGACUAACAAUACGAUGGUUAGUUUUGCAGACAAACCAACAAGAGACGAUCAGCAGGAAAAUGUGUAAAUAUCAACAAGUUGUGGAACAUGUAGGAAUCUGAAUAAAAGUCCAACGAACGAAAACCCAAGACCUGCUUUGAUGACAGAGGAACAGAGAAUUCAUCCGACUCUGUGGAUACGUCUUUCUCGUGAGAUGUUCAGGGGUUUCUUGGAGUUCUUGGACUUUUACGUUUCAUCUGAAGAUCUUUACUUUCUGCUCAAAAUACAAACAGCAGACUGGAUCUCAUCAGGUUGCUUUCGAGUCUUGAGUCUGACAAACUGGAUGAAAUGAAAUGUAGUAUGAAAGUAUAAUCCUGCCACUGGACGCGUACUGCAGGCGGCUUGAUCUGCAUGUUACUGUUUUCUUACCUCCAGGUAGCAACUCACCACGCUGACACUUUCAAGUUUUGCUUGGAUUGUGCAGUUUGGGUGGAUUCUUCAUUUUAAUGGCAAUUUUUGUCUAUUUGCAUGCAAAUAUUAAAACAGAAUUUGCCGUCAAGUCGGAAAAGGGUUAAGGUUAGGGUAAACAUCCUUCGCUUAGCGCCGCCCACAACGACUGUGAUUAGCUUAAAGAAACGCAAAUAAACCAGACUUUUUACCACCUACAGCAGCAUAAUAGUGAGGUGCCAAGAGAAUGGUCUGGCAAACUGAGACUAGGUCAGUCCAAACCUUUAAGCAUGUUCCGACCACCAGAACCGACCCUGUAGAACCUCUUUCUGGGCUGUUUCUGGCUGAGAAAAAGUACCGAGUGCAAGGUAGGUACUUAACUCAUAAAGGACAACAAGUGCCAUUUUUUUUAGUCGAGUAUCAGUCGUCUUCUUACUAACGCCACCAUCAAAAAUGUUAAUUUCAGUAAACACGCCAACAAAAAACACUGAUUGUUCUACUUCCUGUUCUAUUUUUAAACACACACACACACACACACACACACAUAUAAUUUUAACAUUACACAAGUACUCUUAUUUUACAGUUUUUAUCUGGCACACUUGACUCUAUAUUUUCAGUUUUUUCAGGGGAUUUUUUUUUUACGGUGUACCUGAAGGCCCCUUUUCAGCUCUUUUCUGUCGAUGCUUUGGGCCAACAACCUCCAAAAAGUGCGCAGCUCUCCGUUCUUUGCCCUUUUAGGUAUUUAUUCUUGUCUUGUUUGAACUCUUGGGGUUGGAGUAGCGUCAAGCGCAAUUUUUCAGUCAAGAUGCAGUCUUACCCUCAGUAACAUCACCACUAACUAAGGUAAAAUCCACUGUAUACACCAACAACAUUCCUACAUAAAGCCAGAGUCAUAUCCAGUAACGACUAUUUGCUUUGGUGCACUUGGAGAUAACAUUGUGGUCAAAGCUGCUGGAUUCAACAUCACAAGCAAAACAGAAAGACUAAAAAGGGUCGAUCUUGUAAUUGCUUGCACCACUUGUGGAACAUCACCUAUAUCAAACGAAUACAAGCACAAAUAGGUAAUAAUUUGCUUUAUAAAAGGCCAUAAACAGUGACAGUGUUCUUUUCCAACAUCUACACUGGCGUUCAAACUAAAUUUUACACGUUUGUACAUCACGUGGGAGAACAUAAUGACGUUAUAGCAUUAGUGACCAUGCUCUGUAAUCUUUAAAAAGGUAGAAUAAUCCAAAAAAAAGUGAGAAGCACACAUUCGUAAACAGUCAAACUUAACUACAUCAUCAAUGCAGUUUCAUUUAGAAGAUUCUCAGGUAGGAGUUUAUUGCCUGUGAUGCACUGAAGACGCCACGUUUUCACAUUUCUGCUUCGUGUGAUCAGAUCGGUCUCUUUGGUCAUUCUUAAAGUAGAUUUUGAUUAUUCAUUAUUCAUAUAUUUUAUUCAAUGCAUUUUAUAAAUAUUGCAGAUUAGGGCGCGCAAAACUGACGUUAGCUUUCCAUUUACUGUAUAAUGUGAAUCUUAUGAGAAUGGUGAGUUCAUAGACGAACCGCGUUUAGUAAUAUCAUCACCAGUAUAUAUAUAUAUAUAUAUAUAUAUAUAUAUAUAUAUACACACAUUAAAAUCAUUGUCAGUGUUAUCAUUGUCAUUUUAAAGAGAAAAAAACAAACAAAAAACCAGACUUGUAGAUUUUUAAUUGUUUUUUUAGUAGUGUUUUGUCGAGGAGUACACCAUGUUUUGGGGAACUUGCAUGGAAGCAAAUAACAGUUAGAUUUUAAUUAUAUAAGGGACUGAUUAUAUGUACAAUAUUGGAUCACCUCCCAAAAAUUUCAUUAUUUCUGAUGCUGAACAGUUGAAUAUUUCCUUUUAUGAUUGAUCCAAAACAUACAUUUUAGAAAGACGAUAUUGAAAAUUUAGGCUCCAAAGUGGAAACUCAAUGCAACUAAAGUAAAAAAAAAAAACACCUUCAAUCCCAGAAAUUAGUAAUUGCAUAAAUAUGGUUCUAAAAUGAGAUGUGAACAGUUAGAACUUCCCCAGUUUUGAUCCUGUAGGCUCUUUCAAUGCCUGCAUCAUGGCUCCAUGUAGAAAAGAAGACUUCAGAGAUGGAAACAGAUCCAGUAAUAUUAAUUAAAAGUCAGCGGAAACACAGCUGCAGCAGUAAUCAGCAGGUAUAGAAGGAGCCGUAGUACCACUAAUCAUGGCUGCAGCUGUCGUCCUCCUAAAAUAACUCCACAGAUAAUAAACUAUUUCCACAAUUGGGCUUUAAAUAACGGACGGCAGCUGCUUCAGCACUGACACAGCGGUUAUAAUUGGACAUCAGAGUUUCUUUGAAGCUCAGACAGUGUGAAGGACAGUUCAUAAUGGGCAACGUCCAAGAAAAAACAACUUGUCUUUGCUCUUCCCAAGAUUUAAGUUCGCUAAAGAACACGAAAAGAAGCCUGAUGACUGUUGGGAGAACAUUCUUUGGUCAAAUGAAGACGACUUUGAUAAAUAACUCGGACUGGAUUCAUCGUGUUUGGUGUUUCCAUAGACUAUAUAAAAAGAUGGACAUAGCAUCUGGCUCCAAAAUUGAAGCCCACCCGGAAGUGUCAAAAACUUGCAAUAUCACGCCGUCCGCUAGGGUUGGCUCCAAAAAGCUUUUUCUCCAUAGACCCCAAUUCAUUUUUGGAAAAAAUAAAAUUUGAUAGACUGAUUUUCUACAGCUCAGGACUUUUUUCCCGUUAGUUUUCAUGGUCAAAAUGAGAGAUCAGGUGGCCGAUCUUAAAAUAAAUCAAUACUGAAUUUUAAAUAAAUCCUUAAAGUUGGCGGAGCCAGGGGGCGUGGCUAUACUUGAUUGACUGGUCCUGCCCCUAGUUGCUCUAAGGUCCAGCCUGUUUGAUGACGCUUUUUACGUCACUGGCUCCAAAAAAUCCAAAACGGCGACCAGGAAGUAGCAAAAUCCGGGCUUCGUUUUCUCACCAUUGAAACCAACGGGUGACGUCACGGUUAGUUCACGCCUGGGUGUUUCCAGGACUACCACAAUGAAUGCAUCAUCCUGACAGUGAAGAACGAGGAGAUGACAAGAAGAAAAACAAAAAUCUGGACAAGUAUGUUGGCCGACUAGAGUCCAAUAGAUAUUCUAUGGUUUAUUUUAAAAAGAGUAUUGAAGAAUUAUAAGACCAAGAUCAGUUUGUUCAGCUCAGAGGGAGUCCAACAUGUUUGGUGUGAGCCUGACCAGGACUACCACAGUUAACCUUCAUGUUGUCCUGAGGGUCAAACUGACCCGUUUUAAAGCUUGAAAAUGUAGGGGGGAAAAAUAUUUUCACAGUGAAACUUCUGAUGUCAACAUUUUCAACAUUUUUGGGAAAACUUUGAACAUUUUUGGUGGAAAAAAGAAAUGUUUAAAGUGUUUCUUAAGAACAUUCACAUAAAAAUCAACCAAAAUCCACUGGAUUUUGGUUGAUUUUUAUGUGAAUGUUCUUGAAGAAAAUAUUAGAAAUUUUACUGAUAUAUAUGUAAUCACUUUAGAUAUUUUUAGUAUUUAUUUGGAAGAUUUUUACUCAUUUUUAAAAAAUAUUUACAAGAAUUUUCUUGCCAAAUAUGGGAGAUUUUUUUAAAAUAAAACUUUUAAGGAAUUAUUGGAAUUUUCUUCCUGAAGGUUUGACAAAUUUUCAUAAAUUUGGGGAAUUUUUUGCUGAAUAUUUUGGAUUUUUUUCAGACAAGAAAACAAUAUUUUUUGGUGCCUGUAAAUGAGGACAACAGGAGGGUUAAAGCAUAGUCCUGACAGUGAAGAACGGAGGUGGGAGUGCGAUGUAUGGGGCUGAAUAUGUUCACAAAAAAUAAAGUUGAACAUACAAAUUACUGAAAAACCUCAAUCUAAGUAAUCUGAAGUGUUAGUUUUUAAUUUUACAUUUCAGCUUUAGUACAACUUUGAAUCAUUUGAUACUGCAGUGACUGAAAGCCGUGUCAAUCAACCACAUUUAUUGACCCCUACUUGGGUGUUUGUAAAUGUUGACGCAUUCAUCGGUGUUUAAGUUCCACGGUGCGUUAUUCAGCUCCUUAUAAAUUUAAAUAUUUACUGGGAUUAUUUGCUUCCAUAAAACUGUCCCAGAAGUCAGCUGACCCUUUAACUGAAGCCACCAGCCUCCAUGUGUCCCAGCAAAUUCUCGGCUCCACCAUGCUAACCCAUGCUAACACGUUAGCACCUCAGUUGUGUAGACAGUGUUCGGUGAUGUUAGCUUCCUGCUGCUACAUUUACUGUGUAAAUAAGUGAGGACUUUUUAUUCUUUUAUUUAGUGUGUGGGUUUAAAAAUGAGCUCUAGAUGUUUUAUUUCUGUAAAUACCGAUGUGACGGUGUUGGUUUAUUUUUAUGAAAUGUGCUGCAUGUCGACACUGACGGAUUUCUUGGUGCAAUUAGCGCACAAAAUUAAUUUAUGUUUUAACUUAUUGCAACUUUAUUUAACUGUGAAGGCAGCUGGAUUUGAGUCUGCUCUGAGCUGCAACAAGAAAAGUCAAAAAAGAUAAAAAAUAAUCUAUAUAUAAAUGAAUGCAGAAGUGGUGUACAUCUUAGAAGUGCUUUAAUGUUCCCAAAAAAUAGCUUUACCGCUGCACAGGAGGAAAAAAAGUGUUACAAAAAGUGUGCAUCUGUGCAGCAACAGUGAUGUUUCAUGAAUAUUUACAGGUGUUUUAAACCUUGAGGCUGUAUUCAAUGACUUUGGGCCAUUUAUACUAAAAUAAAACCAAAAAAAAAGUAAAAUUCUAAUGGAUCAAUGUUCAACCAACCAACUAAAUUAAGUUACUGGAAUUAGCUUUCCAUCUUCAUUAAAAGGUAUUCUUUAUUACAACUUAUUUAUGUUAAGUUUUUAAGUUGUUUGCCUGUAAACUAUCAAGCUGUUCCAACCAGUGUUUACACUUUUUAAAAAAUGAAUUUUAAAGUGUUAUUUACCUAAUUAGCAUAAUAAACAAUGCUAAUUACAAUUAAGUUGCUGCAGUUACCUUUAGCUUUAGUGCUAUUUUUGCUUUCUCUUGUUAAUGUUCAGUAGUAGCUUAAAAAAUCAUUUAAAAAAAGACUGAACUGCAGUAUUUGUAUUUGAAAUCACAAUAUUUAAACCCCUAUAGCAACCAUAAUGUAAUUAUGGCCAAUAACGUAAUAAUUUUGGCCAUUGUAAAUGUAAUAAAGCCAAUCAUGUAGUAAUGUAUUUUCAAGAAAAUGCAUUUCAGUUUAUGUUUUAUUACGUUUUCGGCUGCAGUUAUUUCAUUUUCAAAGGAUCCUUUUAAUGCUAGGCAAUUAAUAACAUUGAUUACAUUAUUGGCUAAAAAACUUUAUUACAUUAUUGGAAAGUAUUAGGGUCCGAACACCAACAGUGCAAGGAACCUAAUGUAACGCAGGGUUUUUUCUUAUACUUCUUCGGAUGAAAGAAAUGCAUCUUUGAGGCCCUAAAAUAAUUGGAAAUGCAUGAAAUUUGCAAACCAAAAAAAGAAGGCUAUUUUAAGGGAAAUAAACAUAUAUGUGGCAAAAUGGCUCAACAGCGCCCCCUGCAGUAUUAUAAAAAUUCAGCCCGUGACCACGUUUUGCACAAAAAAGCCUCCUGCACAAAUACCCGUAACCCAACAGGAAGUCGGCCAUUUUGAAUUAUGUGUGUCAAAUUUUAAAUGAUUUUGGACCCAUUUUUGCACAUUUUCAAAAGCUAUAAACUCAAACAGGGUCAAUUUGGCCAGGAUGUACACCAGGCGAGGGCGGCCAUUUUGAAUGUUUUGCCAAGGAACAGGAGGUGCUGUUUAACUAACCUGUACAUGCUUCAAUCUGCCUCAAACUUUACAUGUGUGAUCGGAGUCUGACCCUCAUCACAUCCAUAGGCCGAUAUACAUUCAUAGUCAUGGUCCAACCUAGUGGUCAUGGCAUAUUCUGCACUGCAAGCAGCAUUAAUGGAAGCUAUAAACUCAAACAGGGUCAAUUUGGCCAGGAUGUACACCAGGCGAGGGUGGCCAUUUUGGAUGUUUUGCCAUGGAACAGGAAGUGCUGUAUAACUCGCCUGUACAUGCUCCAAUUUGAAUCAAACUUUACAUGUGUGAUCAGAGUCCUGCCCUCAUCACAUCCACAAGUUAAAAUACACUCUCAGUCGCAGCGCCACCUGGUGGACAUGCUUGGAUUUGCUGACCAACAAGGAUGUGAGGACCUGAUCGACGCUGCUUGCAGCUUUAAUUAAUCAAAAUGGCCAAAAUUAUUAUGUUAUUGGUUGCUACAAUCCCAAACAAAUUUGAGAUUAAAUUACACUUGGUAUUAAAUUAAUGUAAUUACUAAAUAUAUUAUGUAAAUCAAGCCCAUUAAAAUAAUGUUUGACUCUUUAAAGUUUAAUAUAAAUCAAUAAAUUUGACUUUUAAUCAUACAUUUUAAAAGUAAUAACAGGAAUAUGUCCAUUGAAGUGUUAGCGAAAAGCUACACAAUCGCAUAUUAUCAUUUUAAAUAGUUUUUUUAGCAGCUAAAUGCACCAAAGUGUUCAAUAUUUAACUCUUAAAUCUGUUUAUCACAGCGUCUCUCUGAAAGCUGCAGCCGGCUGCAGAUGGAAAUGAAGGAGAUAAAAGUGGAGUUUGUGGUUCAUUAAGCAAAUCAGUUAACUAAGAAAGACAGAAACGCUUCACGAUUGCCAUGAUGUAACCCCUGCUAGCAGCCUUUAGUAGAAUUAUUAUUAUUUAACCUGUUUCUUCUGACAAUAAACAGGCAAAUUAAUGCUUUCUUCGAUAAUUUGAUGGGAUAUUAGCUGCAGUUUCAAAAAAGAGAAUACAAUGGUGAAAAAUGACAGCUACUACCAGUGGAAAGAUGCAUAUUCAUGUCUAAAUUUCAAAAUAAAAGCAGCAGUAUUAUACUCUUUAGUAAGCCUAUUUCUUCUGACAAUUAACAUGUAAAUUAAUGCUUUUUUCCCCUAUAAUUUCACAGGAUGUUGGCUGCAAUAUGACAAAACAGGGAAAGAUAAUGGUGAAAAAUGACACUUACCAGCAAUUCCUGCAGUAUAAAGAUGUAUAUUCAUGUCUAAAUUUCAAAAUAAAACAGCAGCAUACAGAGAAAAAACAAGGAUCUGCACAACCAGUAAUAAAACAUAAAGCACAACAAUAAUAUCUGACUUCAGCUGCAUUCAUGAGAAGCAGACAGCAUUUUUAAAAAGUUGGAACAAUCAUUUAUUCCUCUGCUGUCGACUCAUAUUUGAUGAAAAAGUUCAGUCACAAAGUGCAGAAAAGGUUUAAAAACGUCCCAGCGGUGGACACGUAGACCAAAUCUGGUGCUUUUUUUUUGACCGAAAUGAACAUUUUCUGUGAUAUUUAAAUGAAUCUUCCUCAUUUUCAAAAGAUAAAGCGGUCAAAUCUGAUCUGCAGGACUUUAUUUAGUUAUUUCCUCUGCGUUUAAAUCGGUGUUUGAUUGAAAAUGAAGUUCUUUUCUUUGUAACCUGUAAUGCGAAAACUGUUGUUGUGAUUUUAAAGUGUUUAUUUCCUAUAUGGUGUGUGUGUGUGUGUCUGUACAGUGUGUGUGUGUGUGUGUGUGUUCAUGCACUGCCUGCAGGAGGGUUUGCAAUCAGGGAAACACAAUUAUCGUAACAAAGUCUCUCGGAGUGACUCACCUCAGAUCGACUGGGUUUUCUAUGAUAUUUUUAGGUGAUUACGGUGUUUAUUGGCGGUGCAGAACUCCUAACGACACACUGCUGAAUGUGAGAGUGAUUAUUUAGCCCUGGAGAGCUGCUGGUCUGUUGUGCUUUGUCGUAAUCGCCGGUUUGAAAAGUGGCUUUAAGUGUGUUGUUGCAGUCAGACGGCUGUUGUUCUGAAGUUUUCUCCGCUCGGUGGGUUCGUAGUUUGCAUGUGCAGUAAAGUGGCUUUAAUUCAGCAUCUAAAGUCAAUAAAAAGACGUCUGUUCAA